GCAGAGGGCCGGGCUCUGGCUGGGAGGAGAAAGAUGGCAGAGAGCGAGGCUCAGCUGCUCUUGGGUGUGGGGCUGAUUGAAAAAGAUACCAAUGGAGAUGCUCUGUGGGUCUGGUGCUACCCUUCUACAACAACUGAGUUAAGGGAUCUGUUGUUGAGGAAAUGCUGCCUUACAGAUGAAAGCAAACAACUUCACACUUUUGUAUUUGGUCAGUACAGACUGGCAUGGUUUUACGUUACAACCAUGGAAGUUCCAGAUUCUUCAGCCUUGAAAAAGGUAACACAUUUUUCCAUUGUCUUGACUACGAAAGACUUCAAUCCAGAAAAAUAUGCAGCCUUCACUAGGAUCCUCUGUAGAAUAUACCUGAAAUAUGGAAGUCCUGUAAAAAUGAUGGAGAGUUAUAUUUCUGUUCUUACAAAGGGAAUCUGCCAGAGUGAAGAAAAUGGCUCUUUCCUAAGCAAAGAUUUUGAUGUCAGAAAAGCUUAUCUCGCAGGCUCAGUUAAAGAUAUAAUAUCUCAGUUUGGAAUGGAAACAGUCAUCCUCUAUACUGCACUCAUGUUAAAGAAAAGAAUUGUUGUAUAUCACCCGCGAAUAGAAGCUAUUCAGGAAUUUACAAGGACGUUACCUGCGUUAGUAUGGCAUCGACAAGACUGGUCUGUCCUUCAUUCAUAUGUACACCUAAAUGAUGAUGAGCUGGAAGCACUGAAGAUGUGUCCAGGUUACAUUGCUGGAUUUAUAGACUCGGAAGUCAGCAACAGGCUAGAUCUCUAUGAUGUGUAUGUGAAUCUGGCCGAAAGUGAAAUCACCAUUUCGCAAAAAGCAAAAGAGGCAAUGACAAUGGGAAAACUGCACAAAGAAAUUGGUCAGCUCAUCGUUCAGUCUGCAGAAGACCCAGACAGAUCAAAUAUUCAAGUUGUAAAGGAUAUUUCUCUGAAGACAAAAGAGAUCUUGACAAACCUGGCCUCGCUUACAGAAGUCUUACAUGAGAAUGAGAAACCAUCACUGAACUAUGAAGCACUGAAAAAGAAGCGAUUUCCACCAGCAACUGAAAAUUUUCUCUAUCAUCUGGCAGCUGCUGAACAAAUGCUGAAGAUAUGAUUUUUUUAAAAAAAGAAGUAUCUAAGUAUUAAGUUUCAAAAGGAAAUUCUUCUUUCAUAAUCUGAAUAUUCUAUACGUCUGUAUGAUCAGCAGAGGAAAAAUAUCUUCUUUGGAUGUUUCAGCGGGAACUCAUUGGAACUCAAUGGGUGUAGGUCCUAGAUUUCCUCCCCCCAACUUAUGAUUUUAUAUGAAAUGGGGCAGAUUUUUUUAAAAGAAAAAAAAGCCCUAUUUACCCAGGACUGAAAAAGUAACAGCAUGAUUGUUUUGAGCUGAAAAUGGUCAUUGUGAUUUAAGAGGGAAAAAUAUUUGGUAGUAUACUGAAAUCAUAGUAUAACAAACCGUGCUUCAAAAGUGACACAGAAUUUGAAAGCUGUUACAAUGAUUAAGAUAAAAGUUAUUUAUCUAUUGGUAAUUGUUUACAUUCAGCUCUGAAGCUCUGGUCACAAUUUUCAAGAAAGAGAUAAGGGCAAGGUCAAUUUUAUGUGUGUGUAUAUGUAUUAAAACUCAAUGGCUGCUGCUUCUAAGGAAAAUGAGCAACAUCUGGCAGAAAAAUGCAUGGGAGGGAGAGCUUAAUUAUCCCAAUGAUUGCUUUUCUGAAGCAACAUCCUAUGGGUUUAAUUUUCAUGUAUAUCCCCUUGGACAAAAAAUGCCUGGGAUAUUUAAUUGAGGUAUCUGUCCAUGCACCAAGCUAUUUUUCUGUUGAAAAGUAGCAUUCUUAAGACUGCUGUUCUGUUGAAACAGCUUUUUAAGAACUGUAGACACAUGUUGGUAUGCACUAUGUAUUAUGGCUCAUAAAUUCUUUGAUUCAGAGAAUACAUAUUGUAAACCAAGGAUUUUGCAGGAACUCCAAAACUGCUGUUGGAGGCUCUGCACUAAGCACUUUGCUUUAUUAAAAAAAAGUACAUUUAUUCCCCCUUAGUGUUCCUAAGGAUACGCUGCAGCACACAAGAAUCCCUGUAUACUAGAUUUUUUUAAAAAAAAUCAGUAAUUUCUACAACUCACACUUCGGAAAUAACUAUUCAAUUUAACAGACAUUGCUGUGUACUAGCCAUAUUAAUUUGAGAAUCCUUUUUAUACCAUGUUUAAGGAAUCUGUGUUGUGUUUAGAAGAUGGAAGGUAAAAAAGGAGAAAUCAAUAACUUUGUACAAAUAUCUAAUGAAUGCUAAGAAGGCUGUAAGCAUGCGCACUGCUCCCCUAUUUUCAGGGGUGUUUGUUCCAUCUUUGUUCAGAAAUGUUUCAGUGGAGAUCUAAACAUGUGUAUCUCAAAAA